UCACCAUCCCAUCAAUUAAUUACACCUCACACCAUUUAUCAUUCUUCUUCCUUUCUGCCGAGUGCAAAAAUGGCGAAAAGCUUUUUCCCUUCCACCGCCUCCCCAGUUUCCGCUCAUUCCUAGCGGCCGCCGUUUCCUCUCGUUUCACUUCCUCUACCUCUCCGACGCCUUCUUCUUCUUCUCUCUUGGUUUCGGAAAUUCAGUCCGUCGAUCAUUGUCUCUCCUGUUGAGGUAAGCAACUCUGUUCUCUCUGCUCCACAGCAAGAUGUCCGAUCGUCAAAGGACAAAGAUGCACGCUGUCUCUUCUUAUCCCAUUUACAAGAUCUUGAGUCCUUAAAUCUGCAAUCGCUGACGGAAGUUUAUCCAUCGUGUAUACCGUCGGCCAUGGCGGUUACAAAAGUUUGCUCUGUAUCUUUUUGUUUGUUAGUUUCGUUUGUUUGGAUGCUUGGUUUCUGCUCACAAAUUUAAUUUUUCUCCCCUGAGAUCAGCCCUGUUUUGAGGAUUCAGGAUGCCUAGAGCGCCGGCGAAAGGGGGAAGGCAACGAGGAGUUGUGAAAGGAAGUAGCCCCGACAGGUUGAGCGAUUUGCCCGACGAAUUUCUGCACUGCAUUCUCUCCUUCCUUGACACCAAGGCGGCGGUUCGAAGCGGCAUUUUGUCGAGCAGGUGGAAGUCACUCUGGAGAACGGUUCCCGUCCUCAAUUUCGACGGGGAAUCCUUCAACAACGACGAACAGAGUUUCAAGCGACAUGUGGACAGAUUUCUGUAUCUCCGUUCCACCACUUUGCACGAGGUUCGACGUGUAUCGGUCCUCAAUUGCCCUGGAUUUGACGAGAGAUCCGAUGUGUUCACCGCUCUUUUCCUGUCGAUCUCCCGCUGCGGUCGAUCGCUGGAGACUCUGAACUUGAAAGCAGUCCGGCUCUACCCCAUGGCUUUUGCUGGGCCUUCUCCAGUUUUCAAAGUGCUCACAACUUUGACUUUAGUCGAUUGCUGCUUGGACUUCUCUUGCUGGAACCAGCAGGUUCUCCCUUUCGCUGGUUUCCCCAUGCUGCAGAACUUGAAGCUGAUUUCUUGCAGCUGCUGUCUCGAUGAUGAUGACGAUGAUCCUGACGCUGACGAGAAGUGUCUGAAAGUCUCCGGACCCCAGCUGCUCUGUCUGGAGAUUCAUGCCCCAUUCGGUUUCGACGAGAUUGAAGUCUCUGCUCCGAAGCUCGAAUCGUUUACUUACAGGGAUGUGAUUCGUGACUUCUCUCCAAUAACUCAAGUGUCCUUGAAUGCUCCUUCUUUACAACAUGCUAAUAUCAUGAUGUGGGGUUAUAUGGGUUUGGAUGAUGAGUAUGUCAAGGAAGUGGCAAACCAGCAGUAUUCAGACCUGCUCCUCUGUCUCAGUAGUGUUGAAACUCUCUCCCUGCAAUUCGAAACACUUGAGGUAUUGAUCAAUGCUUGUGACUUGGUGAAGAAUCAACCGUCGCCGUUUGCAAGACUCAAGUCAGUGAGAUUGCUUUAUUCUGAAGGAGCUGUUGGCAUACCUCCCUAUGUGAUGCACUUCUUUCGUGAUGGGUCUCCUUUCAUGGAUGAAAAUGCCGUGAAGCUAACCAAGGUCACUACUUCCUCAUUCCCGUACAAUCUGCGAGCUUAAACAUGCAUGGUGAACUACUACAAGUAAGGUGUUUGAGAGCCCUGCAAUUGCAUAGAAGGUAGAGGUCCAAGAUGGUUGCUAGGGUUUUCACCUUUAGCAAUGAGUGUACAAUAGUGGCCUUAAGGGUUUGUGUUUGUUUGUGAGAAUAAAAUGGGAGAUGAUGCGUGAACUUAUAAUAAACAAACUUUGUUCCUACCAAAAAUAAUAAUAAACAAACUUUGUUUUUGUGGUUAUUUUAUAUUGUCAUAGUUAAUGUGUGUGCCCUAAUUUCAAAUUACAACUUCGAUGAUUGAAAAUAAUUUUCUAAACUUGUUUGAUCUUGCAUCAUAACUUUGGAACUUCAUUUCGCGCCAAAUUUUAAAUUUAAAUAGACAUAAAUUAAUUUUGUUCUCAUAAAGUGGAGACAAUUUUGGUAGACGGGAUUGUACCACGCGUCCACGCCAUAAUCUUGAAUAUGGUUGAAAGAGCAAUUAUUUUGUCUUGUUACCAAACAUACUUAACAAGUAUGAUAAAUUAUGUUAUUUUUUAAUAGGGUUAAUAACAUUUCAUACCCUUCUAAUAUAUAAUUAGAGAAAUUUUGUUCGUGUCCAAUCUUCAAAGCAAAAGUUUUAAUAAAAGAAAAAUCAACAUUUUGGUGUUACCAUUAAACUAGGAGGAUUUGAAAUUCUUUUGUUCACAUCACAAUCUAUGGAUACAGAACGCACCCGCUUAUGAGCUCCUCGCAGGGCAUUAUGAGCAUCACAAAUGCAUCGCUCCCCCAGUCCCCAACGAGGUUAGAAAAUUAACAUUUUUGCUCAUUGUCGUAAGUCGUAACUACCAUUUUGAUUAUCCAUUGUUCGCGUUUAAUUUCUAAUCACUACCAACAAGGACAAAAACCAGCUCAUACCUACCAAAGAUGGCAAAGGACCGUCUAACAGAUGAUCAAUUUUAAUUUUACGGACUAGUAAAAACCAUGGUAAAAAAGGUGUAAUUCUGUGUACGCAUAGACGCGCCUAAUCGCUAGGCAGUGACAAAAAAUCUCGUUUAGAUCCUAGGUAGACAAUUAAACGUUCAUGACACUUAGGUGGUGUUUAGGCAAAAUUAAGUAUGAUUAAUUGGCAUGAUGUGUGAUUAAUCAAAAUGAGGUGUGAUGAAGCACACUAACAUAUCGAGGAUUGAAAAGAAUUUAUAGCUAAUCUUCUCAAAAUGAGAGCACCUCUUGACCCUCUGCCCUUCUCUUCAUCAUCAUUGACUAUAGAGCAGCCAAAAUCCAUGACUUCUACAAACUUAUGUUUCUAGGAAUAAUAAUAAAUCUUAUUUGUUGUUAAGAGUUAACUAAGUUAUUAAUCAUUGAAAUAGAACUGAAGUAAAAACAAGCUAUAAAUUGCUAUUUCUACUAAAGCUGGCUAUUUUUGCUAAUGCGGCUAGGCGCCACUUUGGUAUCGCUUAGGCGUGCUAGGCACUAGGCAGAGUUUUAAUGUCUGCCUAGCGCCUUCUCAAACCUUGGUAAAUACUAAAAAGGUUUGCAUAUUAUUUUUAUCGAAAAAAUAAAUUAAGUUUACGAAAUAAAUUAUACUUUGUAUAUUUUGAUAUUAAGUUUUUUUAAUCGAGGCAUUUUUAUUAGGGUUUGUCAAAAUCGAGUCAAGCAUCAAUCUGGAUUAGCAAGAGGUUUAAGGUUUAUGGGAUAACUUAUGAUUAACCGGUAUAAAAUCGAUUAUAAAACCGAUGACAUACAAUUUUUCAAAUAAAAAAAAUUCAUGCUCAUUUGAAAAUUAGUAUUAGUUUAGAGAUUGAGAUUUUUAUAUAUGAUUUAAAAAACAGCUUCUAGCUUGAGGUUUUAGAGAAGUACUUUUCAAAAAAAGCAGUUGAGUGUUUGAUUGAAAAGACACCCCCUUGGCCAAUUUUAUAGCUCUGCCACUGCUUGCAGGUGGCGAAAUUUGGACGGAAAUGGUGGCCCAUGACGCUAAAGGCCAAUUUUUGCUAGUGACGACGAAGUAGCUACCAAAAUAUUGGACAGUGGACGAAGCGAAAGCAUUGACAGCAGAGUUUGCAGCACAACUUGCUUUUCAAAACCACAUCAUGAACCCUGUGUUAGAAGUGGACAACCUUAGUCUGAUACAGAAGCUACAUGCUACAUGGUCAAUUCACACGGAGAUCGACAUUGUCUGCAGGAGCAGGAAGAGGUACCUAAGGGAUAUGGGUUAGGUAUCCUGGCAACAUGUGUCUCGUAAAUGCAACAAAGCCGCACAUAUGAUGGCACACUCGGAGACGAAAUGGAAUGAGCGUAUUGGUUAGCUUGAUAGAUCCCUAUUUUUAGGUGGAUAAUGUAACUAUCAAUAUUGGUCGAUAAAAGUACCACAGGUUCCGUUCAAAAAAACAAAAAUAACCUCAACCAUUCCAGGAUGGUCAACUACUUGGAGAAGUUGUUGGACCUCUAUUGAAUGAAACUUCUUGGUUGUUUCUCGAUCAUAGUAAUACUACACUACAUAGAACUAAUUAGUAUUACUUUCAAAACCUAUAGUCCAGCAAUAAUUAAGACAGGAUUUCAUAAUAAGGAAAAUUUUGGUUAAGUGAGGAAUAUAGAUCGUAAUAAUACAUCACCAUAUGAAAAGUCUUUUCGCAUCAAAUUCCACACAAAUCUAUAACGGAAAGGAAACUCUUACUUGUUAUCAACGAACCCUUGAAUUUAGUAAGAAUAAAAUAGUUAUAAUUUGUUUCUUUUUGAACUUCACUAAAACAUCAGCGCUUACGUGUCAUCGUAAAGCUGGUAAAGUUGGGCAAAUUGAUUUGCAUGUGUCAUCAACCGAGAAGUCUUUUUAUAUCAUAAUUAAAACAAGGCAAUAACGGAAAAAGAAACGCUCAUGUGCCGUCAAUAAAUUUUGAGUUCAGUUAGUCAGUUAGUCCAUGUUGAUUGGUCUAGGUCACCAACUAGAAAGUUAAACAUUCCGCGCCAAAUUCAAAAUAAAGAAAUGGUGCUUUCCGACAAAUGAGGCACCUUAUUUAAACGAUCCAACAUCAAUUUUCAACAUAACUACACUUAUGACUUAACUUUUUUGCAACGUCUAAUUGAGCGUGAGCAUGCUUCAAUCUGUUCCAGAAUCAAGUCGAGAUAAGAUAGAACUAAUUAGUAUUACUUUCAAAACCUAUAGUCCAAUAAUUAAGACAGGAUUUCAUCAUAAGGAAAAUUUUGGUUAAGUUAGGCAUAUAGAUCGUAAUAAUACAUCACCAUAUGAAAAGUCUUUUUGCACCAAAUUCCACACAAAUCUAUAACGAAAAGGAAACUCUUACUUGUUAUCAACGAACCCUUGAAUUUAGUAAGAAUAAAAUAGUUAUAAUUUGUUUCUUUUUGAACUUCACUAAAACAUCAGCGCUUACGUGUCAUCAUAAAGCUGGUAAAGUUGAGCAAAUUGACUUGCAUGUGUCAUCAACCGAGAAGUCUUUUUUUAUCAUAAUUAAAACAAGCCAAUAACGGAAAAAGAAACGCUCAUGUGCCGUCAAUAAAUUUUGAGUUCAGUUAGUCCAUGUUGAUUUGUCUAGGUCACCAACUAGAAAGUUAAACAUUUCGCGCCAAAUUAAUAAUAAAGAAAUGGUGCUUUCCGACAAAUGAGGCACCUUAUUUAAACGAUCCAACAUCAAUUUUCAACAUAACCACACUUAUGAUUUAACUUUUUGCAACGUCUAAUUGAGCGUGGGCAUGCUCCAAUCUAUUCCAGAAUCAAGUCGAGUUAAGAUACUACCAUACUUAAAAAUUUUAUAAAAAAGUUAUAAUGAACUACAUCGAACUAUUAUUUAUUUGAACCAAUUUGGUUUAUUUUAUUUUUAAAUUUAUUCAUCAAUCUCUACAAAAUCAAAUUAUAUCGAGUCGUUCAGCUUUGAUUCAGUUCGACCGGAUUAAAUGGCAUUGUUACUCACCUCCAACUUCUUUUGUUUGCUAGCUUUUACAACCCAGGCUCACGUGAAAAAGCUCAACUUUUUUCAUGGUUAAAAUUAAAAAAGACAAGAAUUUCCUCAAACGGACGAGUCAGCAUUUUAAAUGAGAGUGAGAAGAUAUGAAGACCCCACCCACCCCGCCCGUCCCUACCAUAUCCCAUUUCCUUCCAAAACCAAGAGUGACGAAAAGCUUUUUUGCCUCUGCACAUUUCUAACCGUCGCCUUUUCUUCUAUCUCCGCUCGUCGGCUAUUUGCCUCAAAGUUGCCGGCGGCGAAUUGAACAGUGCAGAUCACGCCAUCAUUUCCUGAAUCCAGCUCUCUUCCCGUUUCCUCAGCCAGUUUCUCGUAAAGGUAAGCAACUCCUCUCUCUCUCUCUCUCUCUGUUUCAGAAAAGUAUUUGUUUCAGUUCUUAACCAUGCACUCCACCUCGCUUCCUAAGCCUUCCAAUACUUUGAAUUGUUCAGCUUGUUUGAAAGAUUUUGAGUCGUACGUCCUUUCGAUUCGUUGACGGUAGCGAUCUUUGAAUAUGCACUGAAUCUGGUUUGUUUGUUUCGAUGGCAAGUCUGUUCUUCGUAUCCGCAUUUUGUCGAGCAGCUGGUGGGGAGAUCUCCGUCGAAAGAAAACAAAAUGGUUAAGUCCCUCAAAAUCAACGGCAAAACCUUCGCUGUUGGCAGCAAGACGAGUUUCCAGAAGCGUGUGACCAAAUCUCUGAAAGGCCGACCCGACGAGAUCAGCUUCGAAUUCUCUUUAGAAUGUACUGAUCUUGAAAUCUUUGAGGAGCUCAUGAAAUGCGCCGCUGGGCAUGGGCUUC